AGGCAGUCUAUGAGGAGAUCAACCACAGAUACAUGGCUAGAAGAAGCUUCACACAAAGAGUUGAUGGAUGUCAAGAAAAAUUAGUCCCAGUAAACCAUGAUGGUCACUGGGUGUCCUGAUAAAUACUUCAAUGUGGUUCAUGAAGGAAGUCUCCUCUCUGAAGAACAGCAUUCUGGGUAUGAGCAUGUGGAUGAUGAGCUUCUCUCAGUAAAGUCUGGGAUCAAAGAAAAGGCUGAGUAUUAUGAUGAUGUCAUGGACACCAGUGACAUCAUAAGUGAUCCAGGAAGAGUCGACCCACCAGAGGACUACGAUGAUGCCGUCACUGCUGGACCCAUCCCUGAUAACGUGGAUGAGGAUGAAGCUGAGAAUUAUGAUGACGCCAUUACAGCUGAUCAGAAGUCAGUUAUACUGACAGAGGACGUGUCCGAGAACUAUGAAGAUGCAGUUACCACUGAAACAAACACAAACAUCAUCACAGACAAUCCAGAAGAUUAUGAUGAUGUCAUCACUGAGGAACAGGAUGUAGGAGAGACAGAAGGUGAGCGACUUCCUGUUUAUUCUCUAAUGUACGUAAAUUCACAGGCAACAGAGUAAAAGAUUAAAUUAUAU